AUGUCGGCCGGCAGCUUGCUGGACAGUUUUCGCUAUGCCCAGUUCAUCAGUGAAGAUGAACCUGGAGGGUCGACCACGGAAGGUCGACAAGGCGUGCCACGAUACAAUGGCGAUGCCGCUAAGCUGAACGAGUGGAUCUUCAGAGCCCGCAUGAUGGCCAAGAAAGAAGCUGGACUCUCAGAGUCCGAGCAGAAGAAGCUCGGCAGUUUGUCCUUGAGGCUGAUCGAGGGCCUGAGUGGGCAUGCCUUGAAGAUCGCUCAGCAGCUCGACCUGGCCAAGUUGGACCAGGCGAAUGGAAAGGGCCUCGACUACCUGAUAGAGAAGAUCACUACUGAGUUGAGGCCAAGGAGAAUGCAGCAGGCAAGGGAGUUGUACGAGGCCGGGGCGCAACAGGGCGGAAUCCUCUCGAGACAGCCCACGGAACCGAUGGGCAGCUACGUUCUUCGCCGCCGCGCCUGGUACAACGCUAUGGUAGACCUAUCCUCGGAGUUGAAACUACCAGACCUGGUUCUUAGUGAACAACUGCUGUUGAACAGUGGCCUGGAUGAAAACCAGAGGCUGAUGAUCCGCACUGUGGUCGGAGAGAAGAUGGACUUCGACCGCGUCGCGCAGGAGCUCGUAAACCAGCACCCGAACAUACAAGCACGAGCGAGCCAGAGCCACUACAAUCACCACAACUACUUCCGGAAGCCCGAGAACAAGGGAUUUUCACGGUUUGGCUCCAAGGGAUCUCCCAAGGGCUACCGUGGAAAGCCGAGGUACCAGGCGGCUUUCUUCGCGGAAGAGGACGAGGGCUUCGCCUACCCCGACGGCACGAACGAGAACUACUCGGAGGAGAUCUGGGAUGGUGGAACCGAGGACUAUGCCACCAACGAGCCGGAGGCCCUCGGGUUCUUCAGUGACCAGAACGUCGGGACCUACGCGGAGGAGCACCUGGCCUACCUGACAGAGAACGGGCUGGAUCCGGAGGAUCAGGAGGCAUGUGAGUUCGCCUCGGACGUCAUCCAAGCAGAGCAGGAAGCGUACUUUGCGAGAAAGGGGGCAGCGACAAAGGGCCAUGGAGGAUUUCGCAAAGGCAAUCCCCCUUUUGAGAUAUCCGGAUCGAUAUCUCUGGAUGACAAGAGAGCGCGCCUUCGGGCGCUCAAAGCGCGCACCACAUGUAAACGAUGUGGAGCUGUUGGCCACUGGAGCGGAGAUUUCGAGUGCCCGAUGUCGAAGGGCAAAGGCAAGUGGAAGAGUGGUGGAAAGACCUCAACGAGCACUACUACCUCUGGAGCUGGAAACUCACAGCACCGCGGAGGCGGCGGGCGUGGAUCCAAGCCGGAUCGACCCCGCACGGUCUACUUCUCCAUAAGCGAGGCCGUAACAAACCACCCGACCGCGAACCUCGCCUACCGGAACGUUGCCACUCCGCCAAGAGCCAACGCAGCUGAGCAAGACUGGUCUGUUGCUCCGUCUAUGCGGGCGGUGCCUCCACCAGCGAUGCUAACUGAGGGUAUGAUGGCACCCUCGAGCCCCACUGCAGCCUCAUCGGGAGAGCAGAGUGACAACUGGAGUGUCGUUGUCAUGCCGACCGAGGUUGAGGGCCAGUGGCUUCCCAUGGACACGGACGACCCCGACAUGGUGGAGCUCUACGACGCCCUCGCGCACCCCAACCCGGAGAAUGCUCUGGCGACGAUGGAAAUGUGGAAGCACGACCUCAGCGAGAAGGGCAUCCGGCGUCUUCCGCAUCGGCACCUACACCGUUACCGGCAGCUUCGGCACCUUCGAUGGGUCCACCGACUACCACUACGACGCCGCCAUCCCGAGCAGGCCCGCCGAGAGACAAGGCACGGCGGCUACCGCAUCCACGACAACACCGACUACGACCUGCCAGCACUUCUGGACAACUUGGCGUGGAUCGAAUGGCUCGGUGAACACCCGCUACUACGACGACCUGUGCCGGUACGCAAGGAGGCCAUCCCCGGAAUUGCUCAGACCUUUCAGGAGCUGGUGAUGCGGCGAAUUCAGGAAUUGGAAGCCGGGAGCGAGGUACCAGCACAACGCCUACAUGAAGCCCUAGACCUCGCAAUCGCCACCACAUCUACAUGGACCUCCACCGCCUCGCCGAGUCGACCGGGAACUGCGGCAACCUCUACUUUGACCUCGUCAUCACCUGGCUCCUCUCAGCCGGUACGCUAUGGGAAUGCCGAACUUCACCGAAACUUGCAAGCAAGAGGAUUGAAGGUGGUGGAAAUGGGCCGCUAUAAGCACGGCAAGUACUGCGACGCCUACCAGGACCGCGACUACCGUACUUGGGUCUUGAACAACAUCGGGGCCAACAGCGCAUCUGGGAUGAAGGCUCUGAAGAACUACUUUGAGGAGCGCAGCAGCUACGAAGCCAGGACAGAUGCCCUGGCACUUAUGGCCAUGAGCGAGGAUGAGCACACUGACGCCAUCUACGAGCACGACUUGAUCGCCAUCCUCGACACCGGAUGUAACCAGACCUGCCACGGGGACCGGUGGCUGGAACGCUACAUACAAGCGACCGGACAAAGCAUGCCUGAAGUGGAUCAGGCAUCUACUGUGAGGAUCCGCGGGAUCGGCGGUCACAUCCAAACCGCCGGAACAAGGAAGCUGCCGCUCAUCUUGGAGCUGAUCAACGGCGGACUGGCGCAAGGGGACCUCACGAGCACCGAAUUGGUGAACUCCGACGCCCCGCUCCUCAUCUCGAUGCAAGCUCAACGAGCACUGGGCUUGAUCAUAGACGUGGCCGGCGAGGUGGUUCACUCUCAGACACUUGGCCACGACCUUCGGCUCGCCUACAAGGACGGACUGCUGGGGAUCCGUCUUCUCCCUGGAGAGACUGAUCAAGGCGCCCGUGAUCGUGAUGGACCGCCACAUGGACCGGUGGCAGCGGAAGUGAUUGCCGAAGUGAACGAGGAACAGCCUGGCGAGCCGGAGAAUGUCAUCACCGAGGAGGUCUCCUACUACACCGUGGACCUGGAGAAAUCGAGAGUGAUGUCCAGAGCACAGCACGUGAAGGUCAAGGAAAGCGUGGACAACAUCAAGAUUCGCGACCGCCACAUGUGGAAUCAAGUAAGGCCGGUCAAGAACCGCCGAAAUCACGAACUUCCUCGUGGGUGCCGGACCUUCCUGCUGGAGAUCUUCGCUGGAGCAGCUGUGCUCACGCAAAUGGCCUUUCAGGAAUGGGCCAUGCCAGUAUCGCCACCCGUGGACUUGAACACGGGCUACGACCUCCUCACCAAGGAGGGCCGAGACCAGGUGGAUAUGAUUAUCGAGCGGGACGACCCCUUCGCCAUCGCCUUUGCGCCUGUGUGUGGACCCUGGACUUCUUGGACGAACAUAGCCAUGGGACAGGCACGAGAAACCAUCAUGGAGCAGCGCAAGCGAUGGCGUCCCACCAUACAAUGGAUGUACAAGGUCACCAAGGAGCGGCUCGCCAAGGGGAGACAAGUCCUCAUCGAGAACCCCUGGAACUCUGCCAUGUGGGACUGCAAAGCUUCGCAGUCUUUCUUCCGGCAGCGACCCAAGGAUGAGGCCACCCUGGAGCCGGUGGAAUGUGUCAAGAUUGAUCAAUGCAUGUUUGGACUUUGCGACAAGGACAACGGGAUGCCGCACAUGAAGCCCACCGGCAUCCUCACGGCUUCUCGACACGUCAAGUGUCGCUUGGCAGUGGCACGUUGUGAUGGCCAACAUGUACAUCAACAAUUGGACACCAAGCGAAGAUGUGUGCAAGCUCAGGAGUAUCCUGUAGAGAUGUGCAAGCAAAUCCUGGAAGGCUGGAUGGAUGAGCUGGAUUACAUGCUCACCAUGGUCGCCUUCCCCGCCGAGGCACACGCUGAGCUCGAGAUUGACAGCGAUGACGAUGGCGAGGAAGUGAAACAUCUCGACGGCAUCCUCUCUAUCAACGACCUCGCCGAUCAAACCACAGAGCCCAGCUACGCAGAAAAGAAAAAACAAGAAGAGUGGGAGGUGAUCUACCAGGAGGGCGAAAUACCGCCGCCACCCGCGCCAGUCGGCGAACCUCUCGCUCGACGACAGCAUCUUUGGCGAGAGCUGCCCUACAACACAAGGGUGGCGUUGAGGCGGCUCCACCAUAUGGUGGGACAUGCACCACCCUCGGCUAUGCAGCGGCUACUGAGAACCGCUGGAGCUGAUCCAGCUGCCAUCCGGGCACUGGAAAACUUCCGAUGCCCGACCUGCGAAGAAAUGAAGAAGCCAAUGCGAGCCGCACCGGUCAAGAUGCCAGAGGAGUACCGGUUCAACAAGGCCAUCUCCAUCGACGUGCUUGUAGCCAAGGACGCCUUCAACCACAAGUAUAAGAUCAUGUCGGUAGUUGACCUCGGCACGUUGUUUCAUGCAGCAGUCGUGGUUGGAGAAGGCGGAGGACCACCAAGCUCAGGGAACAUGGCCAGAGCUUUGAGUUCGAUCUGGUUCUCUUGGGCUGGACCUCCGGAAUCUGUCGUGCUGGACCGAGGACUUGAAAACCGAGGACAGCUGCAAAAGCUGCUGAGCUCCCACGGUGUCUUGUUGCGCUACAUUGGAGUGGAGAGCCCAUAUCAGCUCGGACGAGGUGAACGUCACGGUGGAAUCCUCAAGGAGGUGAUCAAGGGCAUUGUCACAUCACGACAACUACGAGGACGACAGAACAUGGAGUUCGCCGUGACCGAGGCCGUGGGCAUCAAGAACCACAAGGUGAACCACAACGGGUUCUCGCCGAGCCAAUGGGUACUGGGUCGCAACCCCCCGGACCUCGAGUCGCUUACGACUCUAUUCCCUGAGGCCAGACUGGGAGUCCAUCAGGAAAUCCUGGAUGGCGAGUCGGCUUUCGCGCAGCAGAUGAUGAUCAGAGGAGCCGCCAAAGAAGCCUUCGCGCAGGUGGAUAGCUCCCAGAGGAUCAGAGCUGCGAUGCUGAGGAAGAGUGUUCCUGGCCGAGGACCGUUCACCAUGGGAGAUUUGGUUUGCUUUCAUCGUCGACAAGGCGGAAAAGCAGGCUGGAAAUGGUUUGGACCCGCACGGGUGAUCGGCCAGGAGGGAAAGGGCACGCUCUGGAUCUGCCAUGGAGGGAUACCCAUGACGGUGUCCUCUGAGCAGUGCCGCCAUGCUACAGGAGGCGAGAUGAUGGCGAAAAGGAUUCUCGAGUUGAGGCCUUCACGCAAACGGCGGCGAGAGGACAUGAGCGACUUUGAGGCGAAGGAUACCAUGGAGGAAGAGGAGCCAUUCACAGAUGACCUUAUUGGCCUCGGAGGUUCCAAUGAUCACACGCAGCCUGGCUUCUUUGAUCUUCAUGAUCACAUGAGCGACUACUCGCCCUGGAUCCCAGCCGAAAGUGCCCACGAAAAUGGUCAAGAGACACCAGGACUUCAUCCACCACCACCAGGACUCUCUCCACUGCAGCCACAGUCCCUACCAGAAGGUGAUCCGGCCGACAGCGGCCACAAUAAUGGGCAAGAGACACCAGGACUUCAAGUACCACCACCAGGACUCUCUCUUGGCGUACCAGAUGGGCCGCAGCCACUUGGUUCACAGACGGUCAUGCCAGAUGUGCCGGACAGCAGUGUGGAAUCCAGCCCAUGUUCGUUGCUGGAGUCUGUUUUAGAACCGGAGCAAGAACAAGUGCCUUCAAGUCGUAGGACCAGUGUGGCGGUGGAUUCCGUGACACCUUCUCUACAUCAAGCGCUUCGCAGGUCGCCUGACGCUCUUGACGGGAUCCCGAACUCCAGGAACAGAUCGCGCUCACCUCCCAGGGCUUCGCAGGCGAUGAUUGGUGUUGCUGAAGGAGGCAGUCCACGACAUGGAUUGCAUGGCUUCUUAGCAAGGCGAGUCAACAAAAAGAGUGCGGCCGCCCGCAUGAAGGAGCUCAACUUCACCAAGGCCAUCGGAGAAGAACGAGAAGGAAUUUUGGCUGCGAGACAAGGCGAGUGGGGAAAUUGGCAAGGCUUCGACGCUGUGGAUGUGAUCCUUCCGGAGAAUGUGCAGGAAACGCUGGACGCCAACCCCGGAGCCGAGAUCACUCCAACGCGAUGGGUGGACAUCAACAAGGCUCAGCCAUGGGAGAAACCACGAUACAAGUCAAGGAUCGUGGUACGCGGCGAUUUGGAGCAAGGAGCUGCAACCCGGACGGACUCACCCACCUGCUCAUCGACCAUGUUGGGAAUGCUACUGUCGUUCACUGCCAACAAGAAGCACCGCCUCAAGGGUGGCGACAUCACGGCGUCAUUUCUGCAAGGAGAAAACCUUACAAGAACUCUUCUACUACGACCGCCGCCUGGAGGACUUCCUGGAGUACCCGAAGGAUCGCUGCUGAGAGCGAUCAAACCCGUUUACGGAACUCGAGACGCACCGAGAGGAUUCUUCAAGAGGCUCAACAACGUGGCGGUACGACAAGGCCUUCUUCCGGUGCCCAAUGAGCAUGCAGCAUAUGUUCUACGUGACGAUGAUGGGAUCCAAGGAAUGAUGGUAUCCCAUGUCGACGACCUGCUGUGGUCUGGCACCGAGAAGAUGGACGCAGUUAUGAAGGCGAUCACCGAAGAGUUCAAAUUCGGCACGCUGGAGGUCGGAGACAGCUUCGGCUACUGUGGGAGAGUCAUCUCUCAAGAGAAAGAGGGCAUCAGAGUUACGUGUCCUCACCAUGCGGCGAAGGUGAGACCGAUCUACCUCGACUACCAGCGCCGGAAGCAACGAGAUUCUGCAGUCACCGAGCACGAACGUGAUCAACUGAGGAGCGUGGUCGGAAGCCUGAACUGGAUGGUUCGGGUAUGUCGCAUGGACAUAGCAUAUGAGGUGAACUAUUUCCAGGCGGUGAUGAAGCAGGCCACUGUAGGUGACCUUGUUGCCUGCAACAACCUCCUCUCCUACGUGAAGAAGACACCAGACCUGGGCCUUUUCUACAAGUACCAGGCAUUCAACGAGGAGGACAUGGCGAUCUACAGCAUCACCGACGCAUCCCACGCCGCAGACUUCGAGCUCUCCGCGAGUGGAGUGCCAAUGGGCAAUCGUUCCCAAUCCGGGAGAAUCCUGGCUCUGGGACCGAAGAGCCUGGCGACGACGGGAAAAGGCACCAUCCACGUGAUCGAGUACCACAGCAAUGUGCUGAAGAGGGUGUGCAGGAGCACACUCCAAGCAGAAGCCCUCAGCUUGAUUACCGGCUACGAAGAGAGUGAGCAUGUGCGGACCCUGUGGGCUCAUCUAAAAGGAGUUCAUGUUGACAAGAACCUGAUUGCCUCCAUGGACUACCUCGACAUCUUCAUGCUCACAGACUGCAAGUCGCUGGAACAGCACCUCCUCCAGGCAGGCCUCCACACGGUCACAGACAAACGGCUGGCCAUCGACAUCAGCGCUAUGAGGCAAGUGGUCUGGAGAAGGAAAGGCGAACUGGUGGGCGAUCCAUUGCUCACCGACGAGCCCCCGCCGGAAGCUACCACCAAGGUUUUGUGGAUCGACACCUCCACGAUGCUUUCCGACGGAUUGACCAAGAAGAUGAAGAGCAGUCAGCUGGAGCUAGCCAUGAAAUGUGGCAACUUGGAACUCAGUUUCGAGAAGAUAGCUCCGAAGGGGCUGAUGCCAAAAGAAAAGUAG